GGGCCUGCUGGCACACCCUUCCGGCUGUGUCCAUUCCUCACUGUGUGACCUCAGGCUUUGCUCUUCUGUCGGAAGCGAAGCUGCCAUUCCUGCCAGAGAGGGUUGCUUGAGUAGUCCGAUCAGCCUCAUUCUGCCGUCACCGAUUACUGGCUUUCCCCUUUAUUUUCCAUAUCUGCGUUUCAUAAUGUCACUGUUGCUGAUUCAUGGGAAAGUAAGCCCAGGCAGUCUGGCCUUUUGUGCCCACGUAUCUCAAGCAGUCGUCAGAGAAUAAGGGAGGUUAUCAUCGUGCACAGCCAGAGAACGAUGUUCUGGAAAACCUUUAUAACAACCAUUCUCCAAGGAUGCUGUGACAACGGGCCACAGGAGGGGCUGCUUAAGCAAUACCAAUUAGUGGUCUCAAGUUCUGGACGGGUUUAGGUUUCAGACAGCACCUUCUCAUUGGACUCUUUGGCCUUCUGUGUGACGGCCUCCAUUGCUUCUUUGUGCUUGAGUCCCGUCAGGGCCACCACAGAGACCUGAUUUUCACUUAUUUCUCCCAAGUCCUUACCUCCAAAUACAUGUAGGAAUUUUGGGGUGGGGUGGGACAGUUCAGUGGUUAUCAGUGGUGGGGAGGUGCUCAGUCAGCAUAGUGCUUUCCUAGCCAGCAUGAGGACCUGAGUUCAGUCAUCAUGUGAAAAAUCUGGGUAUGUGGUAUAUGUCUGUAAUCCCGGCACUGGAGGGAAAAGAUGAGGAGAUCUGUGGGGUUCAGUGGCCAGCUAGUCUAGCUUAAUCAAUGAGCUGCAGGUUCUGUGAGGGACCCUGUCUCAAGAAACAAGGUGGACAGCUCCAGAGAAGGGGACACCCAAGCUUGGUCACUGGCUUCCACACACACAAGCACAAUGUGCACCCUCACCCACACUCCCAGGUGCACACCUCCUCAGCAGCCGGUCACUGUCAACAGAGAAUGUGCAUGCUGGCCUCCUCCUGCAUGUGCCUUUGACUCAGAUACGCUGCUGUUGACGCUUUGGCGACCUCUUCCAUCCUGCUUCCUGGGGAAGCCUGGGUCAGAAUGGGAGACGCCAGAGACAUCUGCCCUCACCUGGACUCCAUAGGGGAGGUGACCAAAGAGGACUUGCUGUUUAAGUCUAAGGGAACCUGCCAGUCCUGUGGUGUUGCUGGACCUAACCUAUGGGCCUGCCUCCAGGUCACCUGUCCCUAUGUUGGCUGUGGAGAGUCCUUUGCUGACCACAGCACCAUUCACGCACAGGUGAAAAAGCACAACCUGACUGUGAACCUGACCACGUUCCGGGUGUGGUGCUAUGCCUGUGAGCGCGAAGUCUUCCUGGAGCAGCGCCUGGCAGUCCACCUGCCCAGCUCCUCAGCCAAGCUCUCAGAGCAGGACUCCCCACCCCCCUCCCACCCUCUGAAAGCCGUCCCCAUUGCUGUGGCUGAUGAAGGAGAAUCUGAGUCUGAGGACGAUGACCUGAAGCCUCGAGGCCUUACAGGCAUGAAGAACCUGGGGAACUCCUGUUACAUGAACGCUGCCCUGCAGGCCUUGUCCAAUUGCCCUCCACUCACCCAGUUCUUCCUGGAGUGUGGUGGCCUGGUGCGCACGGACAAGAAGCCAGCCUUGUGCAAAAGUUACCAGAAGUUGAUCUCUGAGGUCUGGCACAAGAGACGGCCAAGCUAUGUGGUCCCCACCAGCCUGUCCCAUGGGAUCAAGUUGGUCAACCCGAUGUUCCGAGGCUAUGCCCAGCAGGACACCCAGGAGUUCCUACGCUGCCUGAUGGACCAGCUUCACGAGGAGCUCAAGGAGCCCAUGGUAGCUGCUGUGACAGCACUCACUGAUGCCCGGGACUCAGAUUCCAGUGACACAGAGGAGAGGCGUGAUGGAGACCGGAGCCCGUCAGAGGACGAGUUUCUGUCCUGUGACUCGAGCAGUGACAGGGGGGAGGGUGAUGGGCAAGGGCGUGGUGGAGGUAACUCGAAGGCUGAGAUGGAGCUGCUGAUCCCAGAUGAGGCGGGCCGAGCCAUCUCUGAGAAGGAGCGCAUGAAGGACCGCAAGUUCUCCUGGGGCCAGCAGCGCACCAACUCAGAGCAAGUGGAUGAGGAUGCUGAUGUGGACACGGCCAUGGCCUCCCUUGACAACCAACCCAUCGAGACCCAGCCACCAUCACCAAGGUCCACCAGCCCCUGCCGGACCCCAGAGCCAGACAACGAAGCUCACAUCCGCAGCUCCUCUCGCCCCUGCAGCCCUGUCCACCACCACGAGGGCCAUACCAAGCUGUCCAGCAGCCCUCCUCGUGCAAGCCCUGUGAGGAUGGGGCCAUCGUACGUGCUCAAGAAAGCCCAGGUGCCCAGUACUGGUGGCCGGAGGCGGAAGGAGCAGAGCUACCGCAGUGUCAUCUCAGAUGUCUUCAAUGGCUCUGUCCUCAGCCUGGUGCAGUGUCUCACCUGUGACCGGGUGUCUACCACGGUGGAGACAUUCCAGGACCUGUCAUUGCCCAUCCCUGGCAAGGAAGACCUAGCCAAACUCCACUCUGCCAUCUACCAGAAUGUACCAGCCAAGCCGGGAGCCUGUGGGGACAGCUACUCCUCCCAGGGCUGGCUGGCCUUCAUCGUGGAGUACAUCCGACGGUUCGUGGUAUCCUGUACCCCCAGCUGGUUUUGGGGGCCUGUCGUCACACUGGAGGACUGCCUGGCUGCUUUCUUUGCUGCUGAUGAGCUGAAGGGUGACAACAUGUACAGCUGUGAGCGGUGUAAGAAGCUUCGGAAUGGUGUGAAGUACUGUAAAGUCCUGUGUCUGCCUGAGAUUCUGUGUGUCCACCUGAAGCGCUUCCGGCAUGAGGUGAUGUACUCCUUCAAAGUCAGCAGCCAUGUCUCCUUCCCCCUCGAGGGACUCGACCUACGCCCUUUUCUGGCCAAGGAAUGCACGUCUCAGGUCACCACAUAUGACCUCCUCUCUGUCAUUUGUCACCAUGGCACAGCAGGCAGUGGGCACUACAUUGCCUAUUGUCAGAAUGUGAUCAAUGGGCAGUGGUAUGAAUUCGAUGACCAGUAUGUCACCGAGGUCCAUGAGACAGUGGUGCAGAAUGUGGAGGCCUAUGUGCUCUUCUACAGGAAGAGCAGCGAGGAGGCCAUGCGGGAGCGGCAGCAGGUGGUGUCCCUGGCUGCCAUGCGGGAGCCCAGCCUGCUGCGGUUCUACGUGUCUCGAGAAUGGCUGAACAAGUUCAACACCUUUGCAGAGCCAGGGCCUAUCACCAACCACACCUUCCUGUGUUCGCACGGAGGUAUCCCACCCAACAAAUACCACUACAUCGAUGACCUGGUGGUCAUUCUGCCACAGAGCGUCUGGGAGCACCUGUAUGGCAGGUUUGGGGGCGGCCCUGCUGUGAAUCAUCUGUACGUGUGCUCCAUCUGCCAGGUGGAGAUCGAGGCCCUGGCCAAGCGCAGGAGAGUGGAGAUUGACACUUUCAUCAAGCUGAACAAGGCAUUCCAAGCAGAGGAGUCUCCCGGAGUCAUCUACUGCAUCAGCAUGCACUGGUUCCGAGAGUGGGAGGCUUUCGUCAAGGGGAAGGACAGCGAGCCUCCUGGGCCCAUUGACAACAGCAGGAUUGCUCAGGUCAAAGGCAGUGGCCAUAUCCAGCUAAAGCAGGGGGCUGAUUAUGGGCAGAUUUCCGAGGAGACCUGGACCUAUCUGAACAGCCUGUAUGGGGGUGGCCCUGAGAUCGCCAUCCGGCAGAGUGUAGCCCAGCUCCCAGACCCAGAGAGCCUGCAUGGAGAACAAAAGAUUGAGGCUGAGACCCGGGCUGUGUGACUUGGGCCAGGCUGAGUGGCUAUGGCUGGCCCUCCUCCCUCUCCAGACAGCCCUGCGUCCCUCUGAAGGCUGCGUCCUGCUGAGUGUCCGUUGUCCCUGAAGGCUGGUACCUGCCAUUCCCCGAGGGUGUGUCUGUGCCCUGCAGCUGCGCUGCUGUGUGCCUGGUGCAGAGGCUAAGUGCGGCUGGUCCGUCUGCCAUGAGAGAUGCUGGGCUGGGAAAUAUAUUCUCUCAGACUUGGA